UUAAAAUUCAAAAUGGCUAUACGUUGUUCUUUGUUAGAAGUCGCGCGAAAAUAUAAAUACGUUGAACGCGUUCGGAAAAUCAUCUAGAAGUGUUCGUUCUUCUUAUUGGACAGAAUGUCUCGCUCAAUGACGUAAACAAACAGAGAAGAAAAGAUGACGCAGAGAGAGAGAGAGAGAGAAGGAAAUGUGAGAUGAGAUCAUAAAAAGUGAUGUCAUCACGACACGCAAGGAUCAAUCUUUUUUUUUUUUGCAUUAUUCGCAUCGUUGAAUCUUUGAAUAGAAUUUAGGCGUACACGUGCCUAAUAGGAUAUAUACGUGUAUAUAAUACAUUCAAAAGCGAAAGUCACUAAAUAAUUACAUAUGUAUAUAUAUAUGUAUGUAUGUAUGAUAUGUAUAUAUAUAUAUACGUGAAAGCAGGCCAAGUCCACAUUUAGGAUGAAGGCUAUUAAGAAAAAUGGGGCAGUCGUGAUACGAAAAGAGGUCUUAAAGUUUAUACAUAAUAGUAGAUGGUCGACAUACGGAUUGGAGAGUGAAAUAGGACAGAAAUAGAAUUAAAAAGAAAAAAGGAGAAAUAUAUUAAAUACAACGGGACAACCUGACAGUCGAUUGGUUUUGGCGGGAGAUUAUCCCGCCUUUGGCUAAGACAUGUGCGAUUAUAACGUGCUCGAUUGUCACAUGUCAAACAUUGGAAAUUAUCAUAUUUGAUAAUACAUAUUGGAAAUUAUUAUAUUUUGAUAAAUUGUCCAAUAGAAAGAAAAGGAAAGAAAAGAAAAGAAAAAGAGAAAAAGAAUUAAAAUAAUUUACAAGAUAUUUCUAUCUGUAUAUGAUGUUCUCGUGAUGCAUUUGUUAACAUCAAAUUCAUCGAUAUUUAAUCUUUAUCAGGAAAGAUAGAGAAUGUAGAUAUGAAAUUGAUGAAAAUCUAUUCUAUUAAUAAUGGCGUCCUGAGGUAACGUGUGGAAUUUCGUAGAAAGGAAGAUUUUCUCUUUAGUUUUAUUAUAAAUGUCGUGAGAAUAUCUUCAAAAAGGAAGGAGUGUAGUGAUAAUGUGCUAUCGUCGAUGAAAAAAGAAAUAAAAAAAGAAAAAGAAAAUUAUGUAUAUAAAUGCAUUAACAAAUAAAGAAUGAUUGCAUAUUAUCGAUCGUCACGAAUAUGGAUGACGCGUGGCGAUCAACGUAUUAAUAUGAAAAAGAAGUAUUCGUGAGGCGUGGUGGAUAAUAAUUUUACAUAACAGUGGGUAAUACACGUUUAACAGAAAUAUCGUUCUCCUGGUACCGAAUGAAACUGGUUUGAUCGCUAUUUCUGCACGAGGUGCAGGUGGAGAACAGUGACCUUUCGAAUAGUGUGUCAAGUUCUCAUCGUAUAAAAAAAGAAAUAAGGGAAAAUGUCAAAUGAUGUAUAUACAGAUAUAUGGUACGAUGUUAUUCCACUUCACCAUAGGCCAGAAUUAGUUAAAGAAUGUUGUAAAUUGCUCAAUACAGAAUGGCCAAGAAGUGAAACAGCUCGACUAAAGUCUUUGAAGGUAUCUUGCGACGAGUUUCCUACAUGUUUGGUUUUAUUAGAUAGAGAAAGUCGAGUUCUUGGCCAUUGUAAAGUAUCUUUGAUACCUAAAGUACGUCAUAGCUGUUACAUUGAAUCAGUUGUAGUCGAUUACAAGUCCAGAGCUCAAGGAUUGGGAUCUAGAUUGUUACGUGGGACGGAAGAAUAUGUGGCAAGGAAAGGUUUCAAAACAGUAUACUUGAUAACAAAAGGUCAAGAACUAUUUUAUAUUAAAAAUGGAUAUACGAUUUGUGACCCCAUCGAAACGUGUGGAUUUAGAAAAUUUCUACCUCCUACUACCAUAGUCGAAGCAAAACAUAAAGAAAAAAAUACACUUUUUUCUGGUCCCCCACCCCCUCCAAUGCCACAAUUAGUAUUUGAAUAUUUUGAUAUAAGAAUGCUAUCUCAAAAAACACACAUGGUUAAAAAAUUAUGAUAAUUACAUUUUACAGAUUUUUUCAAAAUACCUUUUUGCAUUUGAAUUUAUUAUUUUUACGAAGAUAGCCAAUCACAAUGAUAAUCCUUGAUCUUAUUCUUGAGUGAAUUAUGAAUAAUAUAUGAGAUGAUUGAUUGAUUGUAUGUUUUCAAGUAUCAAAUGUUACAUAUAUUUCCUGCAUGUGUA